AUGGCGAGUAAUGUGGUUGUUGUUGUAUCUUCCUCCUCUUCAUGUGUAUCACUGUCACAGCUGAGAGCUCUCAACCUUCAUUCACCACUGCCGUGGUUGCCGUGGUGCGGCGACAACUUUUCAAAGAAGGUGAUUGAAUGGAAUAUAAAGGAGGAUUGUUGUAGUUGGGAUGGCGUUUCAUGUGACCCUGCCACUGGUUAUGUCACUGGACUCAACCUCAGUUUCAGUAUGCUCUCGGCUCAAAUUUUUCCCAUUUUCAAUCUUCACCAUCUUCAAACUCUCAAUCUUGCUUGCAACGAUUUCAACUCUGCUCCAUUCCCGUCCGGGUUUGAAAAUUUGAGGAAUUUGAUUCACCUUAACCUUUCGUAUACCAUUUUUUCUGGUCAAAUUCCUGCGGGGAUUUCGAUGCUGACGAGGUUGGUGUCUCUUGAUCUUACCUCGAUGUCUUCAUUAGAGUUAAGAAAACCAAACCUUGAAUCUUUUUUUAUGAAUCUGACUUGUUUAAAAGAGGUGUAUCUUGAUGGUGUAGACCUUUCUGCUCAAGGCUCUAACUGGUCUCAAGUCUUAUCCUCUGCACUUCCUCAUCUUCAGGUUUUAAGUUUGUCAUAUUGUCAGCUGAACGGUCCAAUCCACAAUUCAUUUGCAACACUAAAAUCUCUAUCUUAUUUGCAGCUUAGCACUAACAUUCUUUCUGAUGAAUUUCCACAAAAUGUUUUUCUCCUUCCAAAAUUGAAAACAAUUGACAUCUCCAAUAAUUACCUUCUGAGUGGCCAGUUUCCAGAGUUUCCAAAACACACCCCUUUGCAAACCAUUUCACUUUACAAUACAAAAUUUCAUGGAGAAUUGCCUCAGUCCAUUGGAAAUCUUCAGUCACUGAAAAUUUUAGAUAUUUAUAGAUGCAAUUUCUCGGGGUUAAUCCCAUCAUCACUAGCAAACCUCACAAAGUAUUAUUGA